AUGAUGGAAGAUAAAUAUUAUAUUCUUAGUGAACGUAUGAAGAGCAAAAUUACGAAAAUGGAAUCUAUAUGUUUAACAUGUGAUUGCUGGACGGAGAAGCAUACCACAACCGCUUAUCUCGACAUUAUAGUCCAUUUUCUUAUAAACACUACCAUGGAGAGUGCAAUGCUGGGAGUAACACAACUAUCGGAAUCCCAUACAAGUGUUCAUUUAGCUGAACAAAUAAUUAAUUUUUGUGAGGAGUGGAGUAUUAAUAUCAGGAAUGUUAAUAUGGUAGUUACAGACAAUGCCGAGAAUAUUAAGCAAGCGGUUAAAACUGUAUUUGGCACUGAAAAAUAUAUUCCAUGCUUUGAUCAUACACUUAAUCUCAUUCCUAAAGCUGCAUUAACCAAGAAGAUAAUCUAUGAUAAUGAGAUAGCAAAUUCAAAUAUUCCAGAUGUAUUUGAUUUAAUAAAAAAAGUGAAGACAAUAGUUACUUUCUCACACAAAAGCUACAAUUUUUCUGACAUGCUGAAAAAAAUACAAAUGCAAAGAGGAAAAACGGAAGAAUUAGUCACAAUUCGUACAAUCUCGUCAAUUCUUCGGCCUUUUACCAAGGCAACUAAAGAAAUGAGCGCAGAGCACUCCACAACAAUUAGCAAAAUUAUACCCAUGGUGUAUAUAUUGCGAGAAAAAAUUCGUUCUAUAAAUGUAUUGGAUUUUGAUCCGGUAGCAGAAAAGUUCAGACGGUUUAUCCUUGCUGAACUAAACCGUCGUUUCAUGAACAUUGAACAAAAUGUCCCCAUAGCUAUUGCCACAAUAUUGGACCCCAGAUUUAAGAAAACUUAUUUUAAUGAUCGAGUUGCAAUAUCCGGUGCUUUAAACCAUAUUUCUAACGAGAUGAAGCAGAUGAUACAGAAACAAAUUUGCAAUUUUCUUUUGUUUUAG